GCGAGAAGAGAGAGAGAAGAGGAUAGAUACGACUUUGUAUUCCAGAAGUCAUCCCGUGCGUGAAUGCGCAUUCAAAGAGAACCACGUGCAUUUUCACUGUAUGUAGCGCGUGUUACGCGCAUAAACCAACCCCCUGCAUGUCUGGCCGCGUGUUUACCGCGCGUUCGAGCACUCUUCCGAGUAAGAUAAACGUACGGCAAGCACGCAAAUGCGGAAAGCCGUCGAAUCAAUCGCGGCAUUGUUCACUGCCCGGUGAUAGGAACUGGGUGAACAGAAACUGAUUUAAUGGACGACGUCCCCCUCUGCGCCCCCGUUCCGCGAAUCUAAUCGCUGGAAAAAGCAAGAGUGGAGAGCGCGGUUCUUCUAAAUGCGUCUCCGAGAGGCAUUAGGCUCGAACGGAUCGAAUUUUUCGGCGAUGCUGCGCCACGUCACGGUCCGCCGGUUUUACCAGCAAGCUCAAGUCGGGGUGUGUCUCAUAAAGUUCAUCGAGUAUCGAGCAUGCGAGUAUCAUCGCGAGCAACUUCAACCCACACCGGCCAAACGAACGUUUGAUCAUGGAGUUUUGUUGAAAUUGCCAGUGAAGCUGAGACACUGACACGAUAAUGAACGCAAAAUUUACGAGUGUAUUGGUAUCACGAUGCAGGAGGCUGACCUCGGCGACUCUAAUCCACGGAGAUUCAAAGACAAGUCAAAUCGAUGCGCCACCACCAGCACAUCCAACGGCGUGAUUAACCUCAACGCAGAUUCCGACGAGGAGUGGUUGACCUACGAAAAGCUCACGGAAAUAGCUUUCUUUCGUUCGAGGACGAAAUCUGCUCGUUCAGUCGCCAACGUUGCGCUGCGCAACAACCAAUCUAAAUCCGCGGACAUUGUACGACGUCAAUCGGUGAAAUUAACGAAGAACAAGAGCAUUGUAUCGAAGAUCGAGGCACAACCGUUCAUCUUCGACGAACGAGCCGACGGAGACAAGGCUACUAGAGAUGUUUCGCCGUUACCGAUCAGAAAAAGUCUUUUCCCUUACGUCUCGCCGUACGUUCUCUUCCAAAGUCACGACCACAUACCCAAGACACUGACCAAAGACUUCGCUCAACUUCUGAAAUGGAAAUUUACCACGUCCAUGCCUCAGAUUUUGAUGAAGAUCUUAAUCAACUCUGGAUAUCAGGUGGUGAAUAAAGAAAAAACCGAUUGGUCUGGCAUUUGGAACUUAUCGUGCAAAGAUACGGCGAAAUAUCGAAGUAUGAAAAACUUUCAAAAGGUAAAUAACAUGCCAGGAUCUCAAAGUAUCGGCAACAAAGAUUUAUUGUGGACGCAUCUGAGUGAAAUGUCGCGAAAAUUCGUUCAGGAGUACAACUUCAUGCCAAAAACGUACGUACUGCCGAAGGAAAUGCAGAAAUUCGAAGGCAUGUGGAACAGGCACGGUAUGGGCACCACGUGGAUAAUUAAACCGCCGUCAGCGGGUCGUGGCCAGGGUAUCAAGAUUGUUAAUCAAUGGUGGGAGAUACGAAAAUGGCACUCGGUAAUCAUUCAACGAUAUAUCAGCAGGCCGAAACUCAUUAACGGCUUGAAAUUCGAUCUGCGAAUUUAUGUUCUCCUAACAAGCAUUAACCCGAUGAGAAUUUAUGUCUACAAAGAGGGCUUGGUUCGUUUCGCUUCGGUCAGAUACGUUCGUGGAGCGAACUUGGACGACAAAUACAUGCACCUAACGAACAGCAGCGUGAACAAGCAGAAUCCGGCUUACAUAAUGAACGACAGAGUGAACUCGUUCAAAGGACACAAAUGGUCCUUCGCGAGUCUGUGGUCGUACCUGAGGCAGGAAAAUGUGGACGUCACUGACCUAUGGUGCCAGAUCAAGGAUAUCAUCGUUAAGACUUUCAUAUCCGUGGAAUCGAGCAUGAACGCGGCCAUUUCAGAGAAUCUCGUCUCGAGUUACACCUGUUACGAAUUAUACGGGUUCGACGUACUCCUCGACGAGAAUUUAAGACCGUGGUUACUGGAAGUUAACACUCUACCGUCGCUGCAGACAGACUCGCCACUCGAUACCGCCAUUAAGGGUGCUCUGAUGAAAGACGUAUUAAAUAUGGCCGGCUACCAAAUUCCCAAGAACGAGCAAAUUUCAGGCAACGAUGCGUGCAACAAAAAAUACGACUCGAUCGCCCAUAAUUAUAGAUUGUACAGCACGGCCUUGAAUCUUCGCGAGAAAAUGAAGCAGAACGAGAUCAACGCGAUGGAGACUCGUGACGAGUAUCUGGACGAAAUCCUGCGGAAUUUGACGAAGGACGAUCUGAGGCAGCUCAUCCGCUACGAGGACGAGCUCAGUCAAGCCGACAACUUUGAGAUACUAUUCCCCACCAGCAGUUCCUAUUUGUAUUUCAAAUUCUUCGAGGUGGAGAGAUACUACGACCGAUUGCUAGACGCCUGGGAACAUCGUUACUCCGGCAACAAAACGAAAGGCAUUCGCAGACUGCAACGACAUUGCGAAACGAUGGAGCACUUGAAACAAAAUUUCAAUUGAAUAUCAGUUUCCUUGUCCGUUUGUGCUCCGGCAUGGAAAUGAACGUGUUGCGUACAGUAUUGAAAUCAAUCGAAGUCCAAUUAUUAUAAAAUGGUUCGCACAAGGCAAGGUCACUGGCGUGACGUGCGUACUUUCUUACGUAAUCCCGUACAGUCCUGUUCAGAAGCGUUAGAGCGUUUUUUCCUUUCGUACAAAAUGUUUAAAUCACGAAGUAAAAGAUUACAACACAUAUUGGAUUUACGUGAAGUAACGAAUUAAGAAUUAUGUGUCUUGAAUCACCUAAGAUUACAAUAUUAUCGAAAUUGUUAAUUACACUGAAAUAUGU